GUAGGGAGCAGAAGAGGUCGGAGAGAAGAGGGGAGAGCGGAGAAGAGAGCGAAGACAAGCGAAGAUCCCACAGAGAGGGAUCAAUCCCCUCGAAGGACAGGCAGGCAGGCAGACUGACUGACGGCCGGAGGGAGGAGGAGGAGAAAGAGGAGAAGCCGGGGGGCCCGGGCCACCAGAGGGCAUGAGGCUGCCCGCGACCCUCCCCGUCUAGAGGCCGCGCUCCGAGGGCCAUGGGGUCGCUCGGACGCCCGGGACCCUUCGCCCUCCUCCUCUGCGCCCUCGCCCUUCCCGCCUGUUGUCAUAUAGAGACUCGAGCCCAUGCUGAGGAGCGGCUCCUGAAAAAACUCUUCUCUGGCUAUAACAAGUGGUCUCGUCCAGUGGCUAACAUCUCCGAUGUGGUUCUGGUCCGGUUUGGAUUGUCCAUCGCGCAACUCAUUGACGUGGAUGAAAAGAAUCAAAUGAUGACCACCAAUGUUUGGGUUAAGCAGGAAUGGCAUGACUACAAACUUCGCUGGGAUCCCCAGGACUAUGAGAAUGUCACCUCCAUCCGCAUUCCCUCUGAACUCAUCUGGAGGCCGGACAUUGUCCUGUACAACAAUGCAGACGGGGAUUUUGCAGUGACACACCUGACCAAAGCUCACCUCUUCUAUGACGGAAGAGUCAAAUGGAUGCCUCCCGCAAUCUACAAGAGCUCCUGCAGUAUUGAUGUGACUUUCUUUCCCUUUGACCAGCAAAACUGCACCAUGAAGUUUGGCUCCUGGACCUACGACAAAGCAAAAAUAGACCUGGUGAGCAUGCACAGCCACGUAGACCAACUGGACUACUGGGAGAGUGGAGAAUGGGUCAUCAUCAAUGCCGUUGGGAACUACAACAUCAAGAAAUAUGAAUGCUGCACCGAAAUUUACCCUGACAUCACCUACUCCUUCAUCAUUAGGAGGCUUCCUCUUUUCUAUACCAUCAAUCUCAUCAUUCCCUGUCUUCUGAUUUCUUGCUUGACUGUCUUGGUCUUCUACCUGCCUUCCGAGUGUGGUGAAAAGAUCACCCUAUGCAUUUCAGUGCUGUUGUCUCUGACUGUGUUCCUCCUCCUCAUCACAGAGAUCAUUCCUUCUACCUCCCUGGUCAUUCCCCUGAUUGGAGAGUACCUGCUUUUCACCAUGAUCUUUGUGACCCUGUCUAUCAUCAUCACUGUCUUUGUGCUCAACGUCCACCAUCGAUCUCCUCGCACCCACUCCAUGCCGGCCUGGGUCCGAAGAGUUUUCCUGGACGUUAUUCCCCGCCUCCUCUUCAUGAAAAGGCCUGCUGUUGUGAAAAAUAACUGUAAGAAAUUGAUUGAGUCCAUGCACAAAAUUGCCAGUGCCCCAAGGUAUUGGCCUGAGCCUGAAGGGGAACUCAACUUUGCUACCUCAUCUUCCAACAGCCCACAGAGUCAGGAGGAGACUCCCUCUCCUUCUGUUCGCAUUCAUCUGGAGGAUCCAGCAAACCCCCCUCCCAUCUGCAAGUCGCCCUCUGGUCCCGUGAAGGAUGAUGGUCCCUCUCCUUCAGCCUCCUGCCACCCUCUAAGUGAUGCCCAGUCCCCCGGUCUCCCUAAAACCAGAUCUCUAAGUGUCCAGCAAAUGCACAGCCCUGGGAAAGUGGAGGAAGGGGGCAUUCGCUGUAGGUCAAGAAGCAUUCAGUAUUUUUAUCUCCAAGAAGAUUCUUCCCAGACGAACGGACAGUCCCAAGUCAAUGGCCAAUCCAGAAGCUCCCCUGCCUCUCUACGCAGCCACCUCAACAGAGACCAGCAGCAGAUCAAGCCUUCACCUUGCAGGUGCAAAUGUAAGAAGAACAAAGCUCCAGCCUCUCCGGACCCAGGUGCCAAAUCACAAUCACGGAGCACCAAAGAACAGCAUCAUUUGCUGAUGUCGCCAGCCUUGAAGCUCGCAGUGGAGGGCGUCCAGUACAUCGCAGACCAUCUGAGGGCAGAGGAUGCUGAUUUUUCGGUGAAAGAAGACUGGAAAUACGUCGCCAUGGUCAUAGACAGGAUCUUCCUCUGGAUGUUCAUCAUUGUUUGCUUAUUGGGCACUGUGGGACUUUUCCUGCCGCCUUGGCUGGCGGGAAUGAUUUGAGGAUCCAGAAAACACUUGAAGUGUAUUUGAAUACAGAGGGGAUGGGAAAGUGAGAGACAGAGACUGUGAAUGAAAAUGAAUCUAUGAAUAAUGCAUCAUGUCACUUGCAUGUGACUCAUUCCUGGAGGAACACCUUCAAAGGGUAAUCGGUUCCCAAGCCAUGCCCAUCUUUAAAUGUUUUAAGGCAGCCUUGAAAAUUGUUCCUCACUUGGUUACCGAGGGUGGAAACAAUAUCUGCUGAACAAGAGCCUCUGGUGUAAUUCAUUUCAUGCUCAGUGUCACUUUCUCCAAAGAGGGUAGGUAGCCUAUUGGAAAAAUGGUAAGAACUGCUAAUUAAUUUUUAUUUUUCCAGGCUGCUUUAGAAGUUAAAUAAUCUUCCAAACUUCAUCCAUAGCAUAGUGAUAACCACUGAUGUGUUAAUCUACAUAUAUAUAUUGCAAUGCAAAGAUACAAGUGUUCACUAAUGAGCACAGAGGCACUCAAGAAUUCACUGAAAGCCCUAAAUGUAUCUGAGAUUUCCCUUGGACAAGGGUCAGGCGAUUAAAUGGCUCAUUUAUAUCUCUGUAAUGGCCAGUCUAAAAAUAAAUUCUCCCACCCUCUACUGGGACAGUUCUGACUUGAAUGGAACUGUGGAAAACAGGAGUAGGGAUUGGUUGGGACCAGUCAAUAUACCCAGUGAUCCCAAGCCACUACCCUGAAGGCUGCAUCAGAUUGCCAACCUCUGCCUGGGGAGAACAGGGUUGACAGACUCUGGGGCCAUUUCAGCCAGGGAAACCUUUUGGUUAUGACCCCUCUUUGCUUCUCAAUGCUCUACAUAUUUAACAAAAGUGUUGCUGCUUUGUAAACCCCUUGAGGUGAAAGCACAUGGUCAGAUGCAUCACUACUUAGCCCCAGUUUUCCCCUUUAUCAAGUCAGGAUUCCCAUCUACAGUUUAGCAACCAGAGGCAGUUGUAACACAGUGUAAAAUUCCCAUCAGGGAAAGGGGAUGUGAGCUCAGUGUUUAUAGACCCCUUCUUGUGGAGAAUCUCUCUCUGAAUCACUCUCAAAUAAGCACUUGACUGUAAGUCUCCCAUCGAGGUAUUUACUGAGUGCUUACUGUGUGCAAAGUACUGUACUAAGCACUUGGGAGAGUACAAUAGAACAGUAUAACAGACACAUUCCUGGCCCACAACAGGAAUGCGUCCACAAUCUAUCCCAAGUGCAUAGUACAGUGCUAUGCACACAGUAAACAAUCAAUACCACUGAAUGAUUGAUUUUCUUGAUUCAGUUGGCUGCUUUCUCUGGCCAGGUCCAAGCAGCUUCCUUGCCCUGAGAGUUGCUUCAGCCUGAAUUAUUUGGGACAUUGAAGCUGCUCAGAUCUAACCUCAGGAUGCUGAGCCAACAUGAAGGAGGAAAUAUUUUAAAUUCACCUAGAAUCUCACGCAGAGCUAAGAGUCUCUGAGCCCCGGCCCUUUUGAUUUCAUUUAAGUCAUCUACUUUCCAUACCCCUGCAGAAAAAAGCUGAUGGUAGCAGAUUCAGGGUAGCCAAAACAGCUUUCAGUGUGCAAACUACUGUGUCUUUAGAAACUAAUUAUGCAGGUAAUUCAGAUUAAAAAUGUUCAAAUUCUUAUUUCAGAUGGAUUUCCUUAGGGAGAGGGGCUGUCCUGAAAUUGAGCCCUCAGGGGCCUCAACUAUCUGGACAUCCUAGGAAACCCAGGUAGAGAAAUAUUUGAUGAAAAAACUACAGAGACAGGUGGAAAUAAAGUUUGAUGUUAGGUCAGUAGCAACAGGUAAAGGCCUUGGAUUCCCUCUUCGGUUCAUUCCUACAGACAUUAAUGAAGUGGAAGAGGAAUGGGUCUGUUUAGAUGGCAUGAAAAGUGGAAAAAGACAGGAAAUAUGUUAAGCGGGGAAGAGUGCACAGAGCACAGCUUCAAGGUUUACAUGUUCGUAGAACUUCCUUCUAUGGGAAAUAACUAUCUUAAGAAAAAUUGAAAAUAAAAUACCUGCAGAUUCACUUUGUUUUGUCCUUUCAUGAUGCAUAUACAGACUGGAGUGGUAGUGAGCUAGCUAAAUAAACACAUUCACUCACC